AUGAUCAAGCAUGUCCCGAAUAUCUACAUCGCCACUGAUAUGAUUCUCGCAUUCCCGACUGAAACAUUGGAAGAUUUCGAGGAAAGUAUGGAGUUGGUCAGAAAAUAUAAAUUUCCAUCACUCUUCAUCAAUCAGUACUACCCGAGAAGCGGAACACCGGCAGCACGAUUGAAAAAGAUUGAUACGAUUGAAGCGAGAAAGAGAACUGCUGCAAUGUCAGAGUUGUUCAGAUCAUAUACCAGAUUCACGGAGGAUCGAAUUGGAGAGAUUCAUAAUGUUCUGGUCACAGAAGUGGCAGCAGACAAACUUCAUGGAGUCGGUCACAACAAGAGCUACGAACAAAUUCUUGUUCCCCUUGAACACUGCAAAAUGGGAGAAUGGAUUGAAGUUCGUAUCACUUCUGUCACGAAAUUCAGUAUGAUCUCAACACCAACUUCGCUGUCAGAAGUAACUGCUCAACAUUGGACAGAUUCUCCAAACUGGAUGUAUUUCUAUCCAAUGACAUUCUUCCUUCUCCUUCUCGUAACUCUGUACUCAAUCGAUCGCUUCAUUUCUCCUGGUUUUCUGGAAGAGUGGCUCCCAUUCUUGGCAGAUACGGAAACCGACAAUGAUAUGUGGAUGCAUGGACCAAACGCUGGAGAGAAUGAUGAUGUCGUUUUUUAUGAAUAA